AUGAGAAGAGCCUUGUUUGGAGUGUUAUUGUUAAUAGGUAAUGGCUUGAUUAAGUUUUUUGUUUUGAAAAAAUAUGGUUGAAAGGGGUUUUUUGUAUUUUUAAAAGUUUUUGGUUAAAAAAUUGGUAAAAGCAGGCUUUAAACAAUCAAAUCUACGUACUUUUUGACCGUGGGUGGAAUCUUUUCUACUUUUGAGUUUCUAGGUAUAUUUUUAACUUUUUGGAUAUAAUUUUGAGUUUUUAGGUAUAACAUUAGCAGUGAAAGAAGGACCAUGCACAAUAUCUCAGCCUGCACAUAAGUUUAAAUGCACUUCAAGCGGUUACUUUGAAGUUGUGCAAUGUAUAGACGACUAUUGUACUUGUGUUGAUCCUAGAGAUGGUACCGAAGCUCGUCAUACUCGUACGAUCAGCAAGACGACUCAACCAGAAUGUGGAAUGUGUCAUAAAGAGAUCGUGAAGGUGUUGGAUAAGAAAGGAAACUGGUUCCCACAAUGUAACCAUAAAAGUGGUAGGUGUCGAGACGUCGUGCUAUAUUUUUAGCUGAUUUUUAAUAUUAUACAUGAUCAAAAUUAGCAAGUCCGAUAUAUUGGAAGCCUGACAAUUGUCUUUGUCAUGAUUACUGGGCGUAUAUGUAUAUAAGCCAUAAUAAUAUAUGCCGGUAUAGACCUUCUUUAAAAUAAUACCUUUUUUAAUUAAUAGCGGUCUUAAUACCAGUCCAAAGUAAUUUUGUCAUUUUCAGGAGAAUACAACAGAGAACAAUGUCUGAAGGACGACUUCUGCUUCUGUGUAGAUCCAAAAACCGGCCGACGAAUCAAUUCUGAAGUCAAAAAGAGCUCGGACAUCAAUUGUAGUCCACAUAGCUUUAAUGGUAAGAACUCAUUGUAAAAUACUGAUUUAUUGGGUUUUUCAAAUAAUUCUGUGCCCUCCAGCUUCAAAAAAUUGCUUGGAGAGGGCGCACAGAAUUAUGUGAACAUCCGAAUAUAUUUAAAUACUUUUCAAAAUACGUUGCUUUGAUUUGUUUGGCUUGUAAAAAGACUACUUUGAUCUGGCCAAGGUAAUAUGAGAUUGAUAAGCUAACAAAAUGUAAAAUAAAAUAUAAAAACAAAUCAAAGUAACAUAGAAAUAUAAUUCAGACGGUGACGCUACAUACAAACCAAAGAACAACUAUCAAGAAGAAAGCCCAAUUGGAUCACCAGUAUGCAAAUUGCCAAAAGCGUUGGGAAAAAUGUGUUCAGCAGCUCCUUCGAUUAGGGUAAUGUCUUCUUUUUACAAUACUUAUAUGUAACUCAUUUAUAUGUCUAUAUCAGGUUAUAUGUCUAAUAUAUAUAGUAUGUGUUUAAUAGUAACUCAUCCAAUAUGUCUGUAUUAGUAACCUAUUCAUGUCAAACUUGACACUUUGUAUAUACUUUCUUGGCUUUCAUUUCGGCUCUGGGACUCAAAACAAACUGUAAUGGAGUCUUUUAGUAUAUAGAGAAAACUAACUAAUACCUGUUUUUUACAGUACUAUUUUGAUACGGAGACCUUUGAGUGUUUGGCAUUCCGUUACAACGGCUGCGGUGGUAAUGACAACAACUUUGAUACACAAAGCGAAUGUUGGAGUAGUUGCAAAUUAGGUACGUGUUUAGUAGCUGCUCUGUAUUUAUUACGAUUGGUGUUGUACUUAUUAUUUGGUACUAAACAGUACGAAGUUUUGAAAAAAAAAUUAAAAAUUAAUAUUUUUCAAGUUAUACUGUAACUUUUUAGCUGAUUUCUUCUCGUGCUCUGGCUUAAGAAAGUCAGCACGUGAUUUCAAAGGAGAACAUAUCAAUUGCUACGCUCAGCCAGAUUCGACGAAGACUCAGAAGUGUCCAGCCGGCUACGAAUGUAUUAAUGGACCGUUCACUGGUUUGUGUUGUGACAAGAAGAAUCAAGGUAAAUCAAUAUGCAAAAUGCUUUUAAAAAGCUAACAUUAAACAAUGUCUUAAGAUCAAAAUAAUUGUUAUUACAAUUAUUCUGAUCUUAAGAAUACUUUACCAUUUAUCAAUUUUAAUAACUUUAAAUUGUUGUAAACAUGCAUUUCAGACGUUUUUUCCCGCAAUUACUCGCCCACAUGUCGGAAAGGGAAGCCAGUCAAGGUUUCGUCGGAUGGAGUCGACAUGGUUUUACUCGGUAAAUCAUGCGACGAUCAGUUUUGCCCCAAGAAGGCCGAAUGUCAUCAGUUGGAGCACUUUGCUCAUUGUUGUAUAUAA